AUGGCCUCCACAAACUCGGCCACGAAGCCGAUCAAGAGGAUCCUAGACGCAACCAAGAUCUCUUCCUUGACCUCGAAACUCGUCCGCAGACCCCUCGACCCCAAGGCUCGCGUCCCCAUUCAAGGACGUCCCCGAGAGGGAAACUCAAAUGCAUUCAAGGAGGCCAAUACCCGUGAGAGCGUGCGGUUGCAGAAGGCCUUGAAUGCGGUCGCUCACGGCAAGCACAUCUUUGUCUACCACAAUGUUCGGACGAAGCAAGUCGUCUACUCCCUGACUCGAUACCUAGAGAAAACCAACCUCUUACGCCAAAUGGUCUACCACGGCAAGAAGACCGUCCCCGCCGAACUCCGCCGCGACAUGUGGGUGCCCUACUACUCCGUCCACUUCGGAGACGCACGCCUGGGUCUCCGCGCCUACCAACUCCUCCGCGAAUUCUCCCUGCAACGACAGCUCGCCCCGCCCGCAGAAAUGAUCACCGUGUCAAAGGAAUACCUAAACGCAAAGCGACCAAAGGACCCCCCUAGCUGGCGAAGAAUUCGACAAGAUCAACCUGAAGCGAAUCGGCCAGCCAAUGGAGAAGCGCGAGCGCGCCAGAGUCCUAAUGAACCAAAAGGCCACCUCGACGAUGUCUCUAAGCGCGGCUAUCUAACCCGCAAAGCGCGCCAACGCCGCCGCGCAGCCCUGGAGCGCGAGGCGAGACAGCAGGGGUGGAAUGAGGAACGCAUCGCUGGGCUGGAGGAGACUUUCUCCCGCCUUUCCGGCGAGGAAGUCGAGAUCGGCGAGGUGGCCGGUGAAUAUCCCGAGAACGCGAAGGACGUGAAGAUUCUCUGGCGCGAUGUGCACGACGCUUACUUUGCCGAGAGCUGGCCUGCGGGUGUGCAGCACGGCGAGCUGGAGCUGAAGCGCAGCCAUAUCAUUGGGUCUGAGAUCCGCCCCGAGGGCGCGGAGGAGGUCGUUACUGAGCACCAGUUCAACGAGAGGAAGGAGGACCAAUAA